AUGAGGAUAUGGGACGCAUUUACGCCUGUAUUGAGUGUUGUUACAUUGAGAGGUGCUGACGCUUCUGCUCAUUCAAUGGGUGUGAAGGCAGAUAAUCGUUUAUUAUUUGGUAAUGGAUGUAAUUUGGAUGAAAUUGAAAGGAGCAACGAUAGUCAUGGUUAUUCUCUGAAGUGGAGGUGUAAAGUAUUCGAUGAAAAGGGUUGUAAUAUCGAUGGAUGUAUUGUACGAAAUGAUAAGCUGAUAAUUGUGUAUGGAGACAAAUCGUUGGCGUUCUUGACGAGGAGUGAUGAUGAUGACUGUGCUCGGAUGGAAUAUACGUUUCAUUUCGACGACUGGAUACGGACAGCGAAGAUAGUUGAUGAGGGAUCGUUGGUGAUUUUAUUCGCAUCGAACACUGUCGUCGCAUACGCAUUGAAUGAAUCGGAAUCAAAUGAUCGAUGGAUGAUCGAGCUGAAUGAAUGCAAACGAAUUCGAUCGUCACAUAAAGCAGUAUUAUUGAAUUCAUUAUUGGAUGGCAAUUCUUGGCCACGAUUACGGGCCGUUGUGGGCACAGUGAUGGGUGACAUUCUCAUUUGGUAUCCAUCGGAAGGUCCUGAUAUCACUCAACAUUUUAUUGGUCAUACAGGCAUGAUUUUCGGUAUGGUUUUGGAAGAGGAUGGCACAAAGGAAUACUUAUAUUCAAUUAGUGAUGAUCGAAGCUUGCGGUUGUGGUCAGUGAAGAGAUGCAUACAACUUGAUCAGGUCUAUGGUCAUCUGGCUAGACCUUUUGCGAUUUGUAAUGUUUUGAAUCAACCAGAUAUGAAUGUGAUAACUGCUGGACAGAGAAUUUGUAAAGUGGUGUCUUCGAGACGAGAAUUAAGUGAGAGUGGAUGUGUGUGGUUAGCCAAGGGUGAUGAAGAAGCGAAUGCAGUUUGUGAAUAUGGUAGCAACCUGUUGAUAGGUACUCGUAAAGGAACGAUUGUUAUCAUUGAUGAAAGAAAGAAUGAGAUCAUCCAUAGCGAACGAUAUUGUCACGGAAGGCAAUCAAUCAGCGAUAUGCUCGUUCGAUAUCCGACACUUUAUUCGAUCGGUCGUGAUGGCAAAUUGCUCGUUUGGAAGGUUGUUGAACAGCAGGAUGAUGUGAAUCGAGGUACCAUCAAAUUAAAUUUGCUUCAAAGAAGAACACCAUCAUUUUGGCUGGAUAUGGAAUGGCCAUGCAAUUUUAUAAAAAAGCGCUCUGAAGAGAAAACGUUCUGGAUUGGUGGAUUCCAUGGAAAGAAGUUCGUAUUGAUUGAUUAUGAGACUGGAUAUGAAUUAUGUGAAGUGAAUUGUGGUGGAGGGCAUCGCAAAUGGCAGUUCAGUAAAUCUUUGAAUAACAACAGUGGGAAUGAUGCUGCUAGGUUCACGUUUCUCUCUAAAGGAGUUCUACUUCAAAUCGACGUUACGCUAGCCAGAUUCGAUCUCAUCUCGUUAUAUCAGUUGCGUUUAAAAGGAGAUGCUCGUUUGAUAGAUGUACACCUUAAUGAAUGUCAACCAAAUUUCUCAUUCGUCAUCUCUGCAUCAGAUUCGCGUCUUGAGUGGUACCGCUUAAAAGAAGAUCGAUCAGGCAUAGAAUCGUUCAUAUCGCUAUCGUCUAUACUCCGCACAAAUCACCAAACAUCCAAUCUAGUCAUCACCAAGCUGAAAUGCAUUCUUUCAAAGCGUUCCAUUCAUACUCUGUAUGCAAUCACAACAUCCGGAUUGUUGAUGAUAUUCGAAGAUAUCCAUGGCAACCCUCACCACUACCGCAUUUAUCAAGUUCAGAAGGCCGGGUUAAGUGCGUUGGAUGUGAUGACAUUUGAAGGACAACAGUCACAAUGCAUUGAUGAUAAAUCCAUUCUCAUCUCGAUCGGCUCUGAAUCUGGUCGUGUUCAUGUUAUGUCUAUGCAGUUAUCACCUAACAACCAGCAUAUCCUUAAAUAUAUCGAUUGGCAUGGAACUACGUGUACAGAUAUACGUUUACAUGAAAGUGCAAUCGAUAAAUCAACUAAAGUAAUAUCAAUAUCACUCGAUUGUAGACUUGCAGUGUUUUCGUUCAGUCAACUAAAGAACAAGCUUGAAUUGCAUCGUGCGUUAAUGUUGAAUGUAUCAGAUCCAUCCUCGUUUUGUUUUAUUACAAAUCAACAAGAUAACCUCGACAAGAUCGUUGUUGUUGGUUCAUGUCUACAAAUUGUCCCAUUCGACGAAUUGUUACUAUGA